GGAGGUGGAGGGAAAAGAAGUAGGCGUGUGGGAAAACAAGAAGUAGUCAGCUGACGCUGAGUGUUGUCGCUUAAUUUUACGUUUAGAAAAACUAUUCCAGGAAUCUUUCAAAGACGCGAGUCACAAAUGGGCCAAUGCCGGGGAACCUCUGUUUUGCUUUUAUUUGUCCUCACUGCCAGCAAAGGGCUUCAGAGUCCAGUGGGAGGCAAAGAAGCUUGGGACUACGUGGAAGUUAGAGAUGGGGCCCACAUGUUCUGGUGGCUUUACUACGCAGACAGCCAGUUUGUAAAUUAUCAAAAAUUUCCUUUGGUCAUGUGGCUACAGGGCGGACCCGGAGCUUCAGGAAGCGGCUUUGGCAACUUUGCAGAGAUUGGACCUUUGACUCUUGACCUAAAGCCCAGAAACAGCAGUUGGGUCCAAGCAGCCAAUCUCCUAUUUGUAGACAAUCCUGUGGGCUCUGGGUUCAGCUACUGCGACAAGCCAGAUUGCUAUGCUACAAAUGUUGCCACAGUGGCUUCAGACAUGUUGACCCUCUUAAAACACUUCUUUGCUAAGGUGGAUGAGUUCCAGAGUGUCCCCUUCUAUAUAUUUUCUGAAUCAUAUGGAGGAAAGAUGGCAGCUGCCAUAUCCCUUGAGCUAACAAAGGCAAUAGCACAAGGGGAGGUGAAAUGUAAAUUUGCUGGUGUGGCGCUUGGAGACUCAUGGAUAUCCCCAGUGGACUCCGUGAUGACAUGGGGACCAUACCUUCAUGCUAUUUCACUGUUGGAUGAUCACGGUUUGAACGAAGUCAACAGUGCAGCGGAGGCAGUGAAACAUGCUGUGGAGCAGCAGCAGUUUCAGAAAGCCACAGAACUGUGGUCUGUGGCCGAGUCGGCGGUUGAGCAGAACAGCAACGGAGUCAACUUCUACAACAUUUUUUCACAGACAGCAGAAGAUAAAUGGGCCUCUUCAGAAGGAAAGAACUUGAUAUCCCUGCAGGCUUUAAGACACAUUGGUCCACUCCAGAGCCAAUCACUAGAUGAGCUGAUGAAUGGACCUAUUAGAGAGAAGCUGCAUAUUAUUCCUGAGAACGUCACCUGGGGAGGGCAGUCAGACGAGGUAUUCAGGUACAUGGCUGGGGACUUUAUGAGACCGGUGGUGAACAUUGUCGACCAGCUGCUGACUGCUGCAGUUAACGUCACCGUUUACAACGGACAGCUUGACCUUAUAGUGGACACUAUGGGUCAAGAGCUGUGGGUGCAGAAGCUCAAAUGGAAAGGUCUGCCUGGUUUUAACAAGCUGAGUUGGACUGCUCUGGAUGACCCGACGACCGGCGUUACUGGAGCUUUCGUAAAGACUCAUCAGAACUUUGCCUUCUAUUGGAUCCUUAAAGCUGGUCACAUGAUUCCAUCAGAUCAGGGACCAAUGGCUUUUCAGAUGAUGAAGAUGAUCACCCAGCAGGUCUGAUGUUGGUGUGCUCUGAUACCUUCUGGAAUGGUGGCCGUUUCAUAUCUUGUCUUUCAUUUUGGAAACCAAAAACACUCCCUUUUACCAAAAAUCUCUUGAAUUGUCAAUUCCGCAAUAAAAAUGACUAUUUGUAAA